GAUCUAGAAUUAUAUUCAGUUUCUCUUGAAGCUAUUAAGACACCAUUUGAAAUCAAACAUAAUUACAAUUUCAAUAACCCACCUGCAACUUGGAGACUUGACCAAUUUAUUUCAUUAACAAAAUUUUUCCUGACAGUAAUAGAUCCAGAUCAACUGAUAUCUUUAUUCAAAUUACGUUUAUUGACUCUGAUAAAAGUAUUGAAAGGAAUGAGAUAUUAUACGAAAAAAACCGAGAAAGCUUUUGAUGAUGAUUUGGUGGAUAUCGAAUUUAAUUUUGGUUGUGAUAAACCCGUUAAGGCACAUAGUGUGAUUUUAGCGGUGGAGAGAAAAUUGAUGUAUAAGGGAUGUAAUGAAUGUUGUCUUCUUAUUAACAUUCAUAAUGAAACUCGUAAAUUAGCUGAAAUGAUGGGAUUAACGAAGUUAAAGUGCUUAAUUACAAAGGAAAUGCCUAGAUCUUUGAAUAAAGGCAAUUGGGACAAAUUUUAUGGAUGGGAUGGAAAACCAACGAUAAAUUUUUAA